AUGAACUACAUCUGGUUGAUCUCGACACUUCUCCCCUUACAGACCCUUGGUUUCGAAGAUUCCACCUUUGACCCCGAAUACAACUUCCGCCUCAGGAACAUAACAGGGUUGCCCUACUUCCUCUACUCUUGGAUUGGAUCGUACUACAAUGGCACUACAACGUUCAACUUUCAAUAUCUCCUAGAUGAUAAUGGCGAUGAGGUGUGCCGUGCCUUUCGAAAUAAAACUACAACAUUCGCCUCUGAAUCUAUACUGGCUGUGACAAAGACAAACCCCGAUGACGAGGGCAAGAACCCAGUACAAGUUGCUCUAAAGUCGGCAUUAACAGACUUCGACUUUGUCCACGGUUCUGAUAUGGGAAACGAAGAAAGAAAUUUAAGAUGGCAAUUCCUUUCAAUCGAACACGUAAUUCCAGGCUACACAAGUGGAUCGCAUAAGCCCUACUUCAAUCUUUCGCUCGAAAAUGAGCUCGGUCCACCGUACCAUAUCACAGGUGCCUCUAAUGACACCGGGCGAGGAGUUAGGGCAGUAGAGAUGAAUAUGAGCUCCUGUGAUGACUCCGCCGAUACGUGGUGGGGCCUUAACUUCUUGGACCAGGGUGAUCAUAACCCGAAGGAUAUUCCUAUCACCGAGCCCAUUGCCGGUUUAAUGUUCGAUAACCAAUCGGCCAGUUUCUCUUUUAGUGGCUGGUUCUUAGUCAAUAACGAAAAAGGUGAUGCUAUGUAUGGAGAAGGGUCGAUUGAAUUUCUGGGAAAGAUAGACCCUCUUCACUCGGAUAUUUUAAACAAGGAAAACAAGCCUUCAUGGGUUCCGACGCUCGGAUUUGGGAAUAACUCAAUGAACAUGGGAUUUGAGGAAGGCCAGGGCUCGAUGGCAGUCCGUAACGGUGUUCACAACUGGCUGAUCAUCUGGCCGAUUCUUGGUCUUAUCUUUGGCUUUGCCAUCUAG